GUUUUAUUUCAUUCUUCCUUUACCACCUUGAAUAUGAAUAAUAUAACAGCAAAAAUAAAAUAAGAUUACACCCCUGGAAAUUCAGUCAAACAUGGAAAUUGCCCAAUAAGUUUCCUAGACGGAUUUUUAUUUUCGUUGCUGGAGAAGUGAUUGAAAUCAAAUCAGCUACGGGUGAAGAUGAAGAUUGAUCUGAACAAGGUGGCUCGUAAGAUCGAGGUGGAUAACCGUAUUCCUCUCCGUAACUACUACCGCAUCGCCGAUAAUCUUCUCCGUCAGGCCAGCAUAUAUCGCGAAGAGAAGAAUGUUGUUGAUUUGUAUAUCAUGCUUCUUAGAUAUUCAAGUUUGAUUUCUGAAACCGUUCCUUUCCAUCAAGAUUACCAGGCAUCGCUUCCACAAGCAAGACUUGGGAGUAGGAAGAGGUUGCGGUCUGUAAUCAAUGAGCUCGAGACUCUGAAACCGGAAUUUGACCGGCGAGUGGAUGAGCUGAACCGAGAAGACGAUGAAUUGCAUCGGGUUGGAAGUGAUUUCCCUGUCGUAUCAUAUAGUUCAGAUGCUGUUGAAUGGCCUCCUGUCCACAGAGAUCCAUACUCUAGACCUGAUAUUAACAAGACAACAUCUCAACCAUCCUCGACGUAUAACAAUAGUCUGACUUCAUCUUCAAAUCGUACACCGAUUGAUCAGCAAUUCCAGAAGUUAUCUUUUGAUUUUCUGCCUGCAAACCAAGCAACCUUAUCUAGACAUUCAUUUCUAGGUCCAAAUGGUCUUAAAAGUCAAUGGGUUGUACCCAAGUCGGAGAUAAAGGUUCAGUAUCCGAGUAAUACCGAUUGGGUUUCUGCUGAAAAUUCAGGUGUGAUUGACGCUGGACCUGGCAUUUCCUCAACAUCACUAAAUAGUGAUUCCCAAACGUUGAACUCUGUGCUCUCCUUAGAUGAUGGUCGAUGGCAGCGACAUUCUGAGGCGGUUACUUCCCAGUUUGUCAGUGACGCAACUGAAGACCCCUUUCAGUUUGUGGGUAUGAAGCAACCUACCCCACCUCCUGUGCUUGCCCAAGUGCAUCAAGAGUUUGCCCAAAUCUGCCCAUCUAAAGUAGCUGAUCCUAGACCAGGACCUGCACUUCCUUCAUUAGAAGAAAAAGAAGGCAGCAAUGCUUAUCAGCAUUUGCAUGUGCCUGUGCGGAUAAUGGAAGAUUUCUUAAGGCUAGCUCGGUCAAACACAGAAAGGAAUCUAGAAACUUGUGGAGUGCUUGCUGGCUCUCUGAAAAACAGGGUUUUUCAUAUCACUACUCUCAUAAUCCCAAAGCAGGAGUCAACCUCAGAUUCUUGUCAAACACUAAACGAAGAGGAAAUAUUCGAAGUUCAGGACAGACUCUCUUUAUUUCCCUUGGGUUGGAUUCAUACACACCCUACACAAACUUGCUUCAUGUCAUCAGUUGAUCUUCAUACACACUACUCGUAUCAGAUAAUGCUACCGGAAGCAGUAGCAAUCGUGAUGGCUCCGACAGACGAAACAACACCUCACGGGAUAUUCCAUCUCUCGGACCCAUCAGGUGUAUCCGUGAUCCGAAACUGCCAGCAGCGAGGCUUCCACCCGCACGAAGAAUCAGAAGACGGUAACCCAAUCUAUGAGCAUUGCUCACACGUCUUCCUCAACGCCAAACUCAAAUACGAAGUCCUCGACCUCCGCUAAGACCAUAUCCCCAACCCAAUCAGAACCAUGUUUUUUUUUUCCUUUCAGAUGUCUGAGCCGUACAUAAUAUUGUGUCACUUCUUCAAAACCUACGGCUGCUAAUGGUUGUGUUUUAUUAUCUACUCCAAAAACGAAUAUACUUUUAAAUUCUUAUUAUA